CUGAUACAACAACUACCGCAGCUGAUACAACAACUACAACUACCGCUGCUGAUACAACAACUACAACUACCGCAGCUGAUACAACAACUACAACUACCGCAGCUGAUACAACAACUACCGCAGCUGAUACAACAACUACAACUACCGCAGCUGAUACAACAACUACAACUACCGCAGCUGAUACAACAACUACAACUACCGCAGCUGAUACAACAACUACAACUACCGCAGCUGAUACAACAACUACAACUACCGCAGCUGAUACAACAACUACCGCAGCUGAUACAACAACUACCGCAGCUGAUACAACAACUACAACUACCGCAGCUGAUACAACAACUACCGCAGCUGAUACAACAACUACAACUACCGCAGCUGAUACAGCUACUACUGAAUAA